AGCACGUCAGAGCGGGAGCACGUUUCUUGAAUCGCUGAGUGAUCUCCCAUGUGGUGUCUGUGGUGUUAUAUGAAGUGUUGGUAGUGGUGGCGAGAGGCAAGAUGGUGUCGAGUGUAUGUCGUGGGUCGUAUCCUAGCAUGACCCCACAUGCUUCGCCCUCACGAAAGCCGCUUAUUGACCCCCAGAAGGAUUAUUUUUCACCGUUACAAGUGGAAACCUCCGUGGAGUAUGACCUGCCCGCACACAUCUAUCCGCCGAAGGGCUCGGAGCCUAUUCUCAUGAUACACCCUGGAUAUGUAUCAGCUGUACGGGCUAGGUCCAGAGCCGUCGUGACUCCUUCGCCCACUGCCAUGGUGGCCACGUCAGGGGCAGCCCGCCCUCUGGCCCCCUUGCAGCUGCCUAACCCACAGCAGCACCAGCAAGUGGCCGGGGCGAGGGCGUCCCGCAGCACACAGCAGCGAACCUGGUGCAUGUGUGGAAAUCCCAACUGUAAUUCUUCUAGUGUCAAAUCAGUCAAUGCACAGAGUGUUAGAAACGUACAAAGUGUGCAUAGCCAAAGUGCUUCAAGAAGUGUACAGAGCCAGAGUGCAAGAAGUGUGCAGAACCAAAAUAUAGGAAGUGUGCAGAGCCAAAGUGCAAGAAGUGUACAGAAUGUCCGCGAUGCUAGUAUGAUGGGCGUUAGCAGCAGCGCCAGCACCAUGACCAACACUACCAGCAGAAGUAGUGCAGCGUUGCUUCAGCAGCAGCAACAGCAGCAACAACUGGUGUGGGGAAGUGGUGGACGGUGCUUAGGGCCCUGCUGCAACCCUCGAGCAGCUGCCAUGGCUCCUCCUCAGGCAGAGUUCGUGGCUCCGGGUCUGCCGCCCUCACUCCUUGCCCGCACGCCCACACGUGGGACUGCAGGCGGUUCACCCAAGUUGCGAGCGGCUCGAACCCGUCGUGGUUUGUCUGUCGCCAGCAGUGUCAAUCUCCCGGAUUACUUAGGAAGUGGGCGGCCAGCCAGGGUGACAGGCGGUGCUGUACAUGUCCACCCACGCCCACGAGCAUUAUCUACCUCUAUGGGUGCUCUUGCCGCGGCGCCCGCCCCUCCCAUGGCUCACCAGCACAUGGGCAUGGGCGCCUCCCUCACCACCUCCUUGGACCUGGCGAGGGCUCACGCUCUCACCCCUCGCUCCCUCCAGCCCGUCCAGCAGCAACAACAGCAACAGCAGCAACAACUGGUGUGGGGAAGUGGUGGACGGUGCUUAGGGCCCUGCUGCAACCCUCGAGCAGCUGCCAUGGCUCCUCCUCAGGCAGAGUUUGUGGCUCCGGGUCUGCCGCCCUCACUCCUUGCCCGCACGCCCACACGUGGGACUGCAGGCGGUUCACCCAAGUUGCGAGCGGCUCGAACCCGUCGUGGUUUGUCUGUCGCCAGCAGUGUCAAUCUCCCGGAUUACUUAGGAAGUGGGCGGCCAGCCAGGGUGACAGGCGGUGCUGUACAUGUCCACCCACGCCCACGAGCAUUAUCUACCUCUAUGGGUGCUCUUGCCGCGGCGCCCGCCCCUCCCAUGGCUCACCAGCACAUGGGCAUGGGCGCCUCCCUCACCACCUCCUUGGACCUGGCGAGGGCUCACGCUCUCACCCCUCGCUCCCUCCAGCCCGUCCAGCAGCAACAACAGCAACAGCAGCAGCAACAAACAUUGCAGCAGGCCCCCGCUGUCUCCACGUCCUCGCUCCUCCAUACCGUGGGUCUCUCCAGGGACUCCGGCUGUUCCGUGGGCGCCGAGACUGCGGGCGGCGAGUGGGCGUCUGAUCGUACCCGCGGCCUCGUCGACUCAGGAUUCUGCACGCCCGUCGACCUCACAGACGAUUUUGUGGCAGAUACGCUUAGCUUGGGUGGCAGCUGGAAGGAGCCCUCCACGCCGUUAUCCUCCUCCGUGACCUCCUCCAGUAGCAGUAGCGGCGUGCACACCUCCUCCCUCCUGCCAGGGGCCGCCCACCACUACCUCCCGCAGCCCUUGUGGAACUUGGCCUAUUAAGGUCGCUACGCUUACCAUGCAGCGGGGCCGAGACCUGGGGCGCCUCGCCAUGGGGCUGGCCGCACCUCCUGCUGGGGACGCCCGCGCGACGGGGGGGAAGCUCGGGGAACAAACGUAGUCGUUUUAUCCGAUUUUCUAGUGUUUAGUCAGUGUCUUCUCGUCUUCGAGGUUCGCGGCGACGGAAGACGUGAUUCUUGUUGAAGGUGUAGUCCCCAGCAGCCUCCAUGACCACGAUGCAUGUGUGUAUCUCUUGCUCUCCGCGACCCCGCGAGCUGACCCCCAGUCGCGAGCGCCCCAGGGCCGCGGCCCCGACGUGCACUCUCAGAACCAACACUGUGCUGUGAUAUGCCGUGCUGGCCUCCGGAGCCUCGUCGCCAUCGUCAGUCCUCCUCCUCGUCGUCGUCAUCUUCAUCAUCAGUGUCGUCGCAGUUCACAUUAGCUUAGUAGCGAGAAAUAAUAAAACAAAAACAAAAAACGACAAGAGCAGCAGCGCCAUCGGGGGGCAGGGUCGUGUACGCGCGUCGUCUCGAAGUCACCCGUCGCCGUGUCGUCUUGUCGUCGCCGUAGCGAGUCGUCAUACAUCGUAGUUGAGCCAGAAUCAUCGAGUGCCGACUCGAGUCAUCUUCGAGAAUCAUAGUAGUCGGCGCUUAGUCAUCAGCGCAUCAGCGAGCUUUUCGUCAUCCGCUAAUUAUCUCAUGGUGUACUUUUAAGUGUGGAAACUUAUGGGUGUGCUACGUACAGGAAUUAUAAUAUUAAUGGUAAUAAUAACACAGGGGUUAGUUGAGCCAGUGAGCGUUGUCUAUAUCCACUUUGUUAGUUUGUAGGUAUCUAUUCCAGUCACUCCAUCCUAUGGCAAUAUUUCACUGUUAUUUACGCCAGCCCCUUUGGAACGGACUCUGAAAUAGCACUGUGGAAUUUGUAUCUGCCAUUGAAGUGGUCUUGAUCCUCCCGCAACUGGCACAAUGCCGACCUUUAUCGACGCAAACGGACCAGAACCUUUUCCUCAAGAGCUCUUUUAGAAUCCGUGCCUUAAGUCUUGCACAAACGAUGCUGUAAACAUCGGUGUACUAAGCUUGUCGGCAUUAAUUAGUGUUUUGUAAAGCUGAGUAGGAUUUUUAAUGAUAAGGUAGACGGAAGUGAAAGUGAGAGACAUUGUUAGGGUAGAAUUUUAGGUGUUAAUUUAGCUCUUUGGAAAAAUAAUAAAAAUACGCUUAUUAGAGUCCAUGAAUCAUAACUUUUUUUGGUCAAUAACUCAUCUGUCAUUCAUUUUAGUUUACAUUUAGGUUGUAUGUUUAGUCUUAACCCUUAAGUUAUACUAAUUUUUGUUAUCUUAUUUAUAGUCCUUCUGAAAGUCUGUCAAUAAUUUGCUCCACAAAGUUUACAUGCGUUUCUUAGGUUCAUUUGUCAUGAAUGUGAAUUUUCUAGUACAAUCCAGUUGUGUCUUCUCUUAUUUACUUUCAUUUCGAAGUUCGCGAAUAUGAAUAAAACGCAUUUACGAAGAUUCAUCAUUAUCACUUUAAAUGUAUCGAAACAUUGUAUCAAUGUCUUUAUUGCAUGGCUACCUGAGUCAAUUAUCUUAAAGAAUAAUAUCUUGUUCGUGGCAUUAUAGCUGUACGUGAGGAUUGAGUCGUUUAUAAGGCACCACGACGGGAGGUUCCUCGUCAACAGGGAGGGUCCAGCUGGUUGGGACACCUGAAGGCAAUCUGUGACCGUCCUGCACCAUCUGCGUGUAGACGUCAUUGAUCGCGUCAGGUGGACUCGCCUCUUAGACGUUGAAACAUGGCUAACUGUGCCAUGGCAGUUAGUAAGAGUCUUAGGACCAGGUCUAUAUUGCUUGAUGUAUCUAUGCAUAGCGUCAACGGUAAAGCCUGGGCUCAACAUUGGUAAUGGCCUGUGGUGUUAGACCCCCAGAAGCAGAAAGAGUAUUAUCCUGUUCACUUCACUUUCAUCAUGUCAUUUAAGUAAAAGGGUGAUAAUUGAGAUUUUUCACUGAUAGCAUAAAGCAUUUCUGCAUUUAUAGAUCACUUGUUCCCUUUUAUUCUUGAAAGCUUCUGGUGUGCAGCGUAGCCGGUCUAUUGUCCAUGUUGAAUAGAUGCUAAUAUUGUUUCACGUACGAAGCACGAUGGAAAUUUGAUCUCCACUUUUUAUCUGUAGUGUAAAGUCUACGACGUUAUGGACAUACGAGCGACUCUGAGCCUUAUGUAUAUUCGCUUUUAGGUGCACAAUUACAUGACAGGGAUAAUUACUUUUUUAUUUAUUUGACUUUACUGUGUUUAUUUUGAUGUCGUGAUGAAGUAUUCAGGUGUGUCAACGACUGGGGCAUGAGUUCCACGGUUGCACAAUAUGUGUUGUCUUCAUGUUAAGCCUCUUUAUGUCCCAUGGGUGCAUAGGGCACUAAUCUCUCUCUAUAUAUAACCUUAGACUCCGAGUCGCUUGUUAUGGCAUCUUAGUCGAUUCUUGUGUUGCACUUGGUGUUCGAACGUGUCAACUUUGCGUGCAAUAAGUCUUUCAAAAUGUAAUGGUUGCAAGGCAGCUUAUGUUGAUUAGGCUUCAGACUCAGACCUAUUUUUGUGAUGCUAACUUUAGCUUUGAUGUACAUAUGUAAAGAAAAAAGAUGUACAUAAAGGAGCCUAGUUUGUUUGGAAACAAAUUGUAUCUGUGAUUCGUUUCGGUGCGUUGGAAACAGUGCAUCUCAGCUUGUAAAUAUUCAUAUUUGUAUAUUUAAUGUGUACAGGAAGUAAUUUUGCACUUGUGCUUGAAUUUUAACGUGUAAAACUUGUGAUAUGUGAAAAUAAAACAAAAGCCAUUUAA